UGAGAAAGGAGAGGAUUGAAAUACGGAAAUGAAAUAAGGGUGAGGCCCGCCGGGGGCCUGAGAGGGAGGAAGAGCAGACCUUCUCCGGGUCUGGAGCCGCCUGAGGACACAAAUCAGAGGAAAUGAAUACAGACUGAACCUCCCCAGCCGCUCUCCACCCCUCCCCUGGCUCUUCUACCCUCUCCAGCCCCAGACCCAAUUCUUCCCUUUCUUGCUCUUGCCACUGUUCCCCCUUCCCCUCUUAGAUCCCAAGCCCGCACAUCAUCUCAAACAAGAGUCCUCGAAUCAAAAGCCAGAUGCAGACCCCCCUUCCUCCUGGAUCUGACUCGGCAGCAGCUCCACCCCGGGACAGAGAGAGCAUUGAUUGUAGCUGCAGCCGCCGCAGGAUCCUAGCCUCACCCGUCAAGGGGCUGAGCGCCAGAGACCCUGAACUCGGCGAGUGGCGCACCCUGCGCACCCGGGCGCACUCUACCGAGGCAAUGCCCUGCGUGCGCUCGCGGGUGCACGCCCCUUAUGUGGCCUCUGCUGGGCGAGCACUGCUCUGCGGACAGGCUGGGCUACCGGCUCCGCGUCGCCUCGCCUCGCCAAGGGUUGGUUCAGCCAAGGCUGCAAAAACAAAAAGACCAGACAGCCUAGCCAGGGUGGCUGUUAAAACUGGGCUGGAAAACUGCAGUCCCAGGAACUCCAGAGAGCUGGACAUUGGGAAGCGUCCUUGACUCACAUACAAUCGGAGAUCACUGUGACUUUCUCUCCUCCGGGAACACGCUUAGCCUGUGCCCUAUCCAGAUAGGAAUAGAUGCUCCCUAUCUGGGAGCAUCCUUAGCCAUGGUGGAUGGUCUCUAGCCAUCCACUGGGGAUGGCGAAUGACUUAGGGAUUUGUGGCUCACUUAUAUGAAGCAGCCAUCGCCAGAUGUUGGUUGUUUUUCUUAACUCCCAUCAUAACCCGAUCCAGGACUGAGCUCCCAGAACCAUGAACCCGGCCAUCAGCAUCGCUCUCCUGCUAACAGUCUUACAGGUCUCCCGAGGGCAGAAGGUGACCAGCCUAACGGCCUGCCUAGUGGACCAGAGCCUUCGUCUGGACUGCCGCCAUGAGAAUACCACCAGCUCACCCAUCCAGUACGAGUUCAGCCUGACCCGUGAGACAAAGAAGCACGUGCUCUUUGGCACCGUGGGGGUGCCUGAGCACACAUACCGCUCCCGAACCAACUUCACCAGCAAAUACAACAUGAAGGUCCUCUACUUAUCCGCCUUCACCAGCAAGGAUGAGGGGACCUACACGUGUGCACUCCACCACUCUGGCCAUUCCCCGCCCAUCUCCUCCCAGAACGUCACUGUGCUCAGAGACAAACUGGUCAAGUGUGAGGGCAUCAGCCUGCUGGCUCAGAACACCUCGUGGCUGCUUCUGCUCCUGCUCUCCCUCUCCCUUCUCCAGGCCACGGAUUUCAUGUCCCUGUGACUGGUGGGGCCCAUGGAGGAGACAGGAAGCCUCAAAUUCCAGUGCAGAGAUCCUACUUCUCUGAAUCGGCUGACCCCCUCCCCACAGUCCCUCACACCUCGAGGAGAAGUGGGGACCCCAUCCCUCAUCAGGAGUCCCAGUGCUGCAUGCGAUUAUCUACCCACAUCCCCGCGGCACCUCACCCUCUCCGCACACCUCUGGCUGUCUUUUUGUACUCUUUGUUCCAGAGCUGCUUCUGUCUGGUUUAUUUAGGGUUUAUCCUUCCUUUUCUUUGAGAGUUCGUGAAGAGGGAAGCCAGGAUUGGGGACCUGAUAGAGAGUGAGAGCAUGUGAGGGGUAGUGGGAUGGUGGGGUACCAGCCACUGGAGGGGUCAUCCUUGCCCAUUGGGACCAGAGACCUGGGAGAGACUUGGAUGAGGAGUGGUUGGGCUGUGCCUGGACUAGCACGGACACGGUCUUUCCUGAGAGCACUCCUCAGCAGGCAUGGCUGGUGCCUGAAGACCCCAGAUGUGAGGGCACCACCAAGAAUUUGUGGCCUACCUUGUGAGGGAGAGAACUGAGCAUCUCCAGCAUUCUCAGCCACAACCAAAAAAAAAAAGCAGCCCUCCUUACCACUGUGCAGGUUCCCCAAGAGCCUUGGGGCAUGAGCCGGUGAAGAUGCAGGUUUGACCGGGAAAGCAGCGCUAGUGGAGGGUUGGAGGAGGAAGUAAAGGAUGAGGGUUCAUCAUCCCUCCCUGCCUAAGGAAGCUAAAAGCAUGGGCCUGCUGCCCCUCCCUGCCUCCACCCACAGUGGAGAGGGCUACAGAGGAGGACAAGACCCUCUCAGGCUGUCCCAAGCUCCCAAGAGCUUCCAGAGCUCUGACCCACAGCCUCCAAGUCAGGUGGGGUGGAGUCCCAGAGCUGCACAGGGUUUGGCCCAAGUUUCUAAGGGGGGCACUUCCUCCCCUCGCCCAUCAGUGCCAGCCCCUGCUGGCUGGUGCCUGAGCCCCUCAGACAGCCCCCUGCCCCGCAGGCCUGCCUUCUCAGGGACCUCUGUGGGGCCUGAGGCAGGCCAUGGAGUGAGACCCAGGAGCUGGACACUUCUCGGGAAAUGGCUUUUCCCAACCCCCAGCCCCCGCCCGGUGGUUCUUCCUGUUCUGUGACUGUGCAUAGUGCCACCACAGCUUAUGGCAUCUCAUUGAGGAAAAAGAAAACUGCACAAUAAAACCAAGCCUCUGGAAUCUG